AAAUAUUACGGGCAUUAGUAGCAGUCACAUCCAAAAUUUUUUAAUGUUCGGGGUCGUAUAACCACUAAAAAAUCGAUGAAUCUUUUUAUGGCUAUAAAAAAUUAUAUUGAAAGGAUGAUACAAGAAGCAGGUCCUGGUAUGAAAUUGUUGCUAAUGGAUGCAGAAACAACAUCUAUAGUAAGUAUGAUAUUUGCCCAAUCUGAAAUUUUUCAAAGUGAAGUUUAUUUGUUUGAAGAUAUAAACUCAUCUAUUCGUGAGACAAUAAAAUACGUUAAAUGCAUAACUUAUCUUAGACCAACUAAUAAAAAUAUACAACUUCUUGGAGAAGAAUUAAAAUAUCCUAAAUAUGGAGCUUAUUAUAUAUAUUUUACCAAUGUAAUUAUGAGAAGUGAUUUAAAAACCAUUGCUGAAUCUGAUGAAUAUGAGACUGUGAAGGAAAUAAAAGAGUUUUAUGGAGAUUUUAUGGCUAUCAAUUCAUUUGCAUUUACUCUUAACAUAAAACAAAUAUACCAAAAUUUUGGCUGGGACCCACUUGCUUUACAACGGAGUGUAGAAGGAAUUACAAGCAUCUUUUUAUCUCUCAAACGAAAACCGAUUAUAAGAUAUCAAAGUAAUUCAGAUAUGACAUUAAAGCUAGCCGAAAAUGUUCAAAAAUGCAUAUCAAGGGAUCACGAGUUGUUUAAUUUUCGACAAAAUGAAAGCUCUUUGUUAUUAUUAAUUGAUAGACGUGAUGAUCCUGUGACCCCUUUAUUACAUCAGUGGACAUAUCAAGCCAUGGUUCACGACUUGAUUGGCAUCUAUAAUAAUAGAGUAAACUUAAAAACAGCUCCUGGAGUUCCUAAAAAUCUUAAAGAAAUCGUACUUUCAGCUGAGCAUGAUGGUUUUUAUUCUCAAAAUAUGUACCUUAAUUUUGGAGAAAUUAGUCAAAAUAUAAAAAUUUUGAUGGAACACUUUCAAAAAAAAUCUCAAUGCCAGCAAAAAGUUGAAUCUAUAUCAGACAUGAAAGCCUUCAUUGAAAACUAUCCUCAUUUUAAAAAAUUAUCUGGUAAAAUUUCAAAACACGUGACCCUUUUGACGGAAUUAUCAAGAUUGAUCUCUAAUUUUGAAAUUUUGAAAUUAUCUGAGAUAGAGCAAAGUUUAGCUUGUGGGUCAACUGAUCACCUAAAAGAUUUACAAGAGAUAAAAAAUGCAUUAAAUAAUGAUAAAAUCAAAGAAGUGGAUCUUUUGAAAUUGGUAUUAUUAUAUGCACUAUGUUAUGAAAGGCUUCCUAACAACGACAUUACUGGUCUAAUAAAAAUUUUACGGAAACAUGGAUUUAUUGAAAAAUAUAUUAAAAUGGUGCAUUCGAUUGUUGAUUUUGGCGGAUGCUCAUUUAGAAAUAAUGAUUUAUUUGGUACACAAGAUCCUAUUGCAUAUACAAAAAAAAUUUUUAAAGGCAUGAAAGGAAUCGAAAAUAUUUACACACAACACAAGACAUUGAUUGAAGAAUUAUUAGAUCAAAUUCUCAAAAUAAAAUUAAAAGAAAAUUUAUAUCCAUAUUUUGGAUCUAUUAAAAAUGAAAAGUUUAGCGACAUUGUAAUAUAUAUUGUUGGCGGUUUGACAUAUGAAGAGAUAUUAGCAACAUACAUGUUCAAUAAAAAUAACAAUUCUGGACCACAAGCUAUGCAAGUGUUAAUAGGAGGCACAAAUAUUUUGAAUAGUCAAAUGGUUCAGGAACUUGAUCGAAAUCGACUUUCUAAGAGGGGCGAACCCUCCCUUGGUCCAAUUACCCCAGGUUUUUAGAUACCUUGGAUCAAUUUUCUCAUUCUUCAAGUGGAAUAUAAAUGAAUUGCCAGCCAUUAAUAUUUUCUAUGUUUAUUAUGUUAUUAAGUUUAUGACAUAAUUUUAU